GCGGUGUGGGUAUGGUAUAUAUACUCAACUCAUCAUCUUUUGUUAUGAUGCCGGUAGCGUCAUAGUCCAACCUUGGAGAGCUCAGCGCCUAAUCACCUGUUUUCAUUUAUCUGUCAGGUUGCAAAAGCUUCUAAGCAUUGAAGUUGCACUUUUCUUCUAAUGUCAGGUCAAAGCUAGAAGCUAAAAUUAUGCUUUAAAAAAAUGGCAGAUUAUCUUCCACGACUCACCGCUGUGUCAGCACGCAGCCACCAUAAUUCAUUUAUCUCUGACGAAGACUAUGACAAACAAAUACGUGACCUCGUCACGUACCUUCAACAGCCUAUUAGGGCUUCCGAGCUGUCGUCUUUUAGCGAUUCUAUACUAGAUAACCUCGAUCCUUAUUUACAUUCUUUAUCUUACGUAUACGUCUUUCUUUUGAGAAUUCGGUUCAUUCAAGGCAACAAUGAGAGCCGUCUACCGGAACAGUUCUAUCCCGGUGGGGAACUAUGGCUCAAGGCUGUUCGGUUCUUGAGGGGUUUCGAUCCUUUUCAAAUUCGAUAUGCUGGUCAUGAAUGGCGCCAACUAGUUGAACUUGUGAUUCAGGCUACUCGGGAAAUCUCCAAGCCACUCCUAGCGGUUCCAGUCAUCAGGGACACCCUACUACGGCUCGACCCAUCGUCUGAGGUUCUCACAUCAGUUCACAUCUCAUUUGUCAAACUCACUUUGAUGUCUAGGUCCUACAGCCUGGCUCUGCCAAUCUUGGAGAAACAGAUAUGCCAUUUCCCUGCUGUUACCGGGCAGGCUUAUCAGAAAUACCAUCAGCCAAUUCUCUGUGGUGACCACGAGUCCAGUCUGAUGUUCAUAACUGAUGCUUCUGGUUUUUCUAAGAAAUUGACAUACAGAGACCACCUUCAGUUUUUCCUUUAUAGUGCAAUGGUAUACAUGGCGCUGAAAAGGUGGGAUGAGGCACUACACUAUUUGAGCAUUGUUAUCUCUUGUCCUGUCACCAACGCCAUCAGCAAGAUCAUGGUGGAAGGAUACAAAAAAUGGGUGCUAGCCAGCCUCUUGAGAUACGGAAAGUUGGUCUCGCACCCUACUAUCAUUUCUUCGCAUGUCAUAAGGGCCUGUCAGUCAUUAGCAAAGCCAUACAUCUCACUAGCCGAUGCAUUCGAGAAAGGUGAUUUCCAAAGGAUGAAAUCCGAAGUUCAUGCCGCACGGUCUAUUUGGCAUAUGGACAAGAACACUGGGCUUGUUUAUCAGGUAAUUAGUACUUUUAGCAAGCGCAGGACCCUUAAACUAGGGAGGACUUUCUCUGCCCUCACAAUCUCAGAUGUAGCACAACAGGCAUCCGAUCCCCCAGCACCACUUGACGAAGUUGAGUCUUUAGUGGCGUCACUUGUAAUGUCUAGGGCUCUGGAUGCUGUCAUGUUACAUUCAUAUGAGUAUGACGAUACAAUGCUUCGCUUUUCCAGUGCAGCGAAGUCCCGCUUCCUCCAGGAGUAUUCUGCGAGGGAGCAGAUAUUGCAGCAGGGUCGGUUAUUAGGUAUCGUCGCGCAAAGCAGUUAUCGAGCCAACCAUGGGUUGGAACUGGGUAAUGAGAAUCUUCUGUUCCUGCAGAAGAGUCUAAGAUGGUCUGACGGUCCUGGGAAAGGCGUCGCUAGUGCAGGUGAUGAGGCAUCCAGUGGUAUUGACAUUGAAGAAGAUAUAAUGGGUGAUAUUCACUAAAGUAGGGCAUCAUACGACAACAUACGACAUCAUGUUUUUGCUUCCCUAUUGUAGAAAUAUAUCGACAAGUAUACAUCUUCUAGAUUACUGUGGUGUCGGGCAUGAUAUUCAUAUCUAGUGUAAGGAUACUUACCUGUGUUUCUAACGGUUCCCGUUCUGUUUGGCCUUCGCCCUCCGGUAGCACCCAUGUUGCAAUAUU